AUGUCGACGACACUCAGAACACCUUCUUCCUUAUCGACACCUUCACUCUCUCCGACAAUGGCGACUUUCCUGACAAAUGUUGUUUCAAUCAAACCUACAAUCUUCUCAUUCCAGUCCGAAUCCUUCACCCCUUUGCAGACGCGGGCCAAUGUAUUCUCCUCGAAACCCUUUCAUUCUCUCGCCGGAACCUUCUCCCGGAGCUCUAGAACGAGAUUCAUUCCUUAUGCUGUAACGGAGACGGAAGAAAAACCCGCCGCUUUGGACCCUAGUUCCGAAGCCGCCAGGCGUGUCUAUAUCGGUAACAUACCAAGGACAGUGACCAAUGAGCAGCUCACUAAACUUGUUGAAGAACACGGUGCUGUUGAAAAAGUUCAGGUGAUGUAUGAUAAGUAUUCAGGACGAAGCCGCCGGUUUGGAUUUGCUACUAUGAAAUCAGUUGAAGAUGCUAAUGCUGUGGUUGAGAAAUUGAAUGGCAAUACCGUUGAAGGGCGUGAGAUAAAGGUUAACAUUACAGAGAAACCUAUAGCAUCAUCAUCUCCUGAUUUAUCACUGCUUCAGUCUGAAGAUUCAGCAUUUGUAGAUAGCCCUUACAAAGUGUAUGUAGGAAAUCUAGCAAAGACUGUUACAAAGGAGAUGCUUGAGAAUUUGUUUUCUGAGAAAGGGAAAGUAGUAAGUGCCAAAGUUUCAAGAGUACCUGGAACUUCGAAAUCCACCGGGUUUGGAUUCGUUACGUUUUCUUCAGAAGAAGAUGUGGAAGCUGCCAUUUUGGCUCUUAACAAUUCGUUGCUGGAAGGACAGAAGAUUCGGGUGAAUAAGGCGUAA